UCAAAUAUAUAUAUAGAAGAGUUAACGAAUCAAGGUGUCUUCUUCAUCAUCAUCUUCAUCAAAGACAUAAACAAAUCCAAACUAACAUUUGAAAGUUAAAAUUUUUUCCAUCGCACGCGUAUAUGUCUCUUUCCUUCCCCUUGUGUAUUCAGACCAAUACAAGUGGCUUACUCACGCGUUGGGGUCUCCUUCACUAUCGUCCGCAAACGAGUCUCGCACCUCGACUGGCACGCAUCCAAGUCUCUGGUUCAAUCAACAAGUUUGCGUGAGUUUGUUUGUAGAUCACUUAGUUUUGUUCAUUUACACAAACAAUUAAGAUGAAGCUAGUCUGGAUUCUGAGUGGGUUGUUCAUCACACUAAAUACAGUACAGAGUAGAACGAUUGUAAAAAGGGAAUCAGGAGACAUCACACCACUCAAUGAGAUAUAUGUACUAGAAACUGAAGAUCCAGCACUCAAAGAUGAGGAAGCACAUGGUGACAGGGAAAAAAGAAAAAUCGGAGUAGUCAAGCUUGGAGUAUCUAAUGGCAUUAUUAAUUUUGUAUUUGGUAAAAUAGAUUCUUUACUCGAUGCCAAAACGAAAGCAUUGGGAGUUCUUGAUGAAUCAAACAAGGCCAAAAAUGCAAUUUAUGGAAUAGAUCCUAAUCAAUCAGCAACAGGUGCAUUCAUUAGUGAUAUUCUAGGAAAGAAACUUCAAGCAAGUACUGCUGGUAUUGGACCACUUAUUAAUAGUGCGACGACAUUUAUUUCAUCGAAAGGCCAAGGACUUUUUGGUGCCCUCACUUCUAAAAUUGGACCUUUGAGUUCAUUGUCUGGAGGCUUAUCUGGAGGUUCCGGAGGCGAUAAUUCUGGAGGCGGUGGUGGAAGUGGUGGAAUUCUUAGUUUACUAACCAGUCUAAGUGGUAGCAGUAGCAGUGGUCUGAGUGGUGGUAGUGGUGGCAAAAGCAAUGGCGAUGAUGAUAAUGGUAUUAAAGAACAUUCAUCAGACAGUAGUGCUGGUGCAGGAGGGGGAAUAACCCUCGGGUCAUUUCCAAGUGUUGGCGGAGGGCCAACACCAGCGGAAUCUGAAGAUAUCCCCGAGUUCGACAGAGAAAGAGUCUCUUUAGCUGUUCCUGCUGAAGCGUUUGGCACAGGUUUUAAUAUCGUAACUGGCAUAACCAAAAUCCUCAAUAAAUUCAUUCUCAACUCAGCACAUCGAGCAGAAAGUGUACUAGAAGUAUUCAAACCAAUUUUUAGGGGUGCAUUUGCCAUCAAGGGUCUUCCAUCAGACAAGAAUAAUAAUAAUAAUAAUAUAGAUAACCAUUUAAAACUAAGAUGACCAAUAAGACUAUCAAUCAAAAUUUAGUAUAUAAAAGUUAUAAACCAAAACUUUAUGCUCAAAUAGAAUAAUUUUGUUAGAAUUAUGUAGCUACAAAAAACCAAGCUGAAAAUACAACAGACUUUUUUUUUAAGAA